AUGCCUAUGACUGUGGAGUUUAAUUCCCAACAGAGUGAUCGCGAUGGAGAUAAAGACAUGGUGACAGCUGUGGCAGAGGCAAAGACGGCACAAGGGUCAGCUACGAUCGAGACUCUAGAGAUAGCUCGUCAGAAAGAGCUAUUCAAGCUCCGUGUGGAACGUGGCAGGGUCCAGGGAAGGGUGAAUGAUGUCAGGGAAAUGAUGAAGAAUAUCAUCGUACCGGACGAAGGAGAUCCCCCCGAAGAGCUUAUGAGCUUGGCUUCACGUGAAUCACUGCAUCUGGAUCGUUUGCGAAGAAUCCAAGCGGAUAUUGACGAGUUGGAGGGGGCCGCACUAGCAGUGGCUCUUCGAUCUUCACAUGGUGGAUCCAGUGUGAGCUCGAAAGCAUCAAAGCAACUACAUAAACAGUCAUCGAUAGGCUUGUUUUCCAUCAAGGGCUCAGAUGGGAUUGAACAGGACGUGGAUCCGAACUCUCCGGCGAGGGCAUCAGUCCCACCACGAGGCGAUUCGGCGCCAGCGGUCUUGUAUGCAAUACCUCCGUCCCAAUCACAUGUGGAUGUGGGAACCUCGAUGGCCUAUGCGCCUUUGACGAGGAGCGGGUUUCACAGUGGGGUGCCAUGUCGAGAGAUAUCGAGGGCUCAUAUACUCUCAUCGCCACCGAGUGGGGAUCUGACAGUGACAGGAACUGCACAUCGGCCACAGCCAGGAGAUGGCGCUUAUGAGCUGAGAGGUGCCUCGGGUCCUAAAGGGAUGGAUCCGUCCCGGUUGAAGCUUCCCAAAUGUACUGAGGCUCUAGAACUCGCGGCCCAUUUUGAUGUCUGUGAGAACAUCUUCGUGGAGGCAAGGAUCGGUAUUUUUGUGGGCGAAGGUCAAGGCCGACAAUUCAGACCUUAUGGUGAUGUACACGUCUCGUGUAUCGAAGCCUUCUUGAGGACUUUGCCGGAUGGUGCCAUACAGAAUAGUGCCAAGAGAGCAGCAAGGAAGCUCGGAUGGUCAUGGGAACAUGUCCGUCACAGUGUCAUUAGGCGAUAUGGGCGAAGAUCGGCCAUAGUCGACGAGUUGGCAAAACUUCUUCGACAACUUAAGUUCUCCUCCCCAGUGGAGGUCGAUGCCUUUCUGGAGAAGUGCGAGGCAAUCAUGCAUGCUCUGGAGGCAGCCUAUGGCCAAGAUAGGAGUGAGACACGUCGAGUAGUGAAGCACAUCAUUGGCACUCUACCACCGCGCAUUGCCACCGAGGUCAUUAGGGAGAUCAAGCAGACGGUGGGCUUGGCCUCGGCUAUGUCGAGGAGGAUGGCGAUGGACUGUGAUUGGGAGAUUCUACUACCAUUUGUGCCAAGCUUCGACCCUAGCCAUGCGGAGCAGAUGUCCGUCAGUGAUAUCAUUCGGGACGUAUGCCGUACCAUAGAGAGUGCUGAUCCGUCAUCGCAAUCAGCAGAUAGGGUCGCUUAUGCUGAUGAGAAGAAGGCACGGGAAGGGAACUCUCAAGUAGCGACCCAGAAGGAUGGCUCCAAAGGAAAGAUUCCAUUGGACUCGUGGGCGAAGGGAUACGCUCUCGUGUACGUGAUCCGGUCACAGUCAUCGGAGAAGAGGCUCGACUCGGAGGCGAUAAAACGGGAGCUCGAUCCAGACAUUAUCAAGUUCAUUAGGGGCAAGAAGCAACCAUUAGCAUUGAUCGGGUACACGGAAGUGACGAAGGGAAAGGCAGCGGUGGAGAAGAGCUCAGCCAAGCAGGAGUACUCCAUCCGUCCGUUCCAGUUCCGAGCUCGUUCGGGAAACGAGUAA